AUGUUGGCAUUGAAAAAGAAACGAGAGAAGGAAAAGAAGGAGGCAGAAGAAGAAGCGAAGAGAGAGGCCGCUGCAGCUGCAGCGUCUCCAGCUGAAGCUCCCAGUGAAGGUGGACAAGUGUCGCUCUUUGGUAUUGGCGGCCAGAAGAAGUCGAAAAAGGAUGAGGGCGAAAAGACUAAGAAAUCUCCGGGUGAAAUUCGUAUUCAAAAAGAUAUUGGAGAGUUGGAUGGUGGCAAAGUAGCACAAAUUGACUUUCCCAAUCCUAAUGAUCUGACCGCCUUUGUAGUUUCCAUCAACCCUGAUUCUGGUUACUGGAAAGGGGCGACGUAUCAUUUCACAUUUGGGAUUCCACCACAUUACCCACACUCACCGCCCAAGGUCGAAUGUCAAACCAAGAUUUACCAUCCCAACAUAGAUUUGGAAGGGAAGGUUUGUUUGAAUAUUCUUCGAGAAGAUUGGCGGCCUGUACUGGACAUCAACUCGGUAAUUUAUGGAUUGAUUUACCUAUUUUACGAACCCAAUCCCGAUGAUCCUCUGAACCACGAGGCUGCAGAGCUUUUUCGCAAGGACAUUGGUCAGUUUGAACGAUUGGUGACUCGCACAUUACGGGGAGGAAGACUUGACGGUGUCGAAUUCGAGCGAUUGGUGUAA